AUGAAGCUGUUUUGCUUGCCGUCUUUGCGUCCUACAGCGACUCAAAGUGCGACACGUCUCAAGCUACAAGCUUCCGAUAGGAGACUCACGAAAUUGGUCGACUCCAGCCAGUCUCUUCCAUCUCCGAGCAGUGCUCACGAACUAUUCAAGUAUACAUCUGGUCGAUGGGUAUACAAUGAGAAUCAACGUUUCAAAGAGCGAGAACGGACAUUCAACGUCGCCGGACUCCAGCGUCUAGCUGCCAAAGCAGUGUCCCGGAAGGUAGAAGACAUCCAUUCCAUCACCAAACUCUCGGCGAAGGAGCGGCCAAUCGUGCCUUUGUCAUUCGAUUCCGCGAUGAUUUCAAACUCGUUGCUCGUAUCCCAUAUCCAGUCACAGAACCGCGACAGCAACUUGUCGCUAGUGAAGCCGCUACGAUGUCCUUUCUUCGAUCAAAGGGCAUACCAGUUCCAGAGAUAUAUGGCUACUCGGCUACAACUGAAAAACUUGGCCGAAACGGAAUAUAUACUCCUAGAGUUCCGUUCCGGAAAGAAUCUGGGAACUCUCUGGGCCGACAUGAACGAAAACAAUCGCCUUCGAUUCAUAAAGAGUCUUGUUGCCUUGGAGAGUUGUCUGUUUCAGAUUCGUGUUCCAGCAAGUGGUAGUUUAUAUUUCCUGAGAGAAUUUGACCGCGGCCUCUACAAAGCUAGCAGUAGAAUCUAG